AUGAUAAAAAAUAUUUUAUAUAAAUUUUCAACUUUCAAAUCUCUAUAUGGAUAGGCUGGUACAGUGAAUUUUAAAUUAAUAAAUGGAAAACAUUAAGUAAUAUUAUAAACUCAUUGGGAAGAUAAUUGUGAAUACUAUUGUGACCCUGAAACUGGUUUUUUAUUUGAAGAUUAAAAUGAUUAAAGUUAGAUUUCAAAUAUAGAAGAAGGAAAAUAUUAAACAAAAAUAAAUAUACCUGAAUAUUAUAAUUAUAAUGGAAUCAUUAAUGGUGAUCUUUAACAUAUCUCAUCUGGUAUUGAUGCAAAAUUAUAUGGAAAUAUUGAUAUUGAUUUGACAGGAAAUUUUUUAUCUUAAAAGAUUAAAUCUGAACACUGCAAGAUUAAAGCUAAUAGCCUAGCAAUCAAUUCUACUUUAGAAACAUAAUUUGGAGAGCUUACUAUUAAAAAUGAUGUAAUUAUUAAAAAAUUAUUAAUCUCAAAAAUGGCAAAUUUGUAUUAAGAAAAUGGAGAUUGUAAAAUUUAAGCUGGGUAUGUUUAAAAUAUACAAAAAAAAUAUCCAAUUCUUUCAAAAUUUUAAUUUCUUGAAAAUAUUGAAUAAAAUAAUCAUCUUUAUAUAUCAUCAACAGCAAAUACUUUUAAUAUUGGAACAUUUUCGGGAAGAUUAAAAUGUAAUUUAAAAGCAUAAUCAUUUUUCAUUAAAUCAUUAUCUGGGUUGUUUUAUCUUAAUUAAGCCAAAAAAAUAGAAUUAGGUAUAACUAAUGAACAAAAUCAAGGGUUUAUUAAAGCAGAUCAUAUUAUAUUAAAUAUUUAUGAUAAAUUGAAGUUCAAUAUAUUUAAUUAUGGUAAUUCAAUUUAUGAUUUUAAUGAAUCUUACUAUAAUAUUUAUACUGAAUGUGAUAAACUUGAAAUUAGAUAAAUAAAUAAUCCUUUUGGAAUUUUAUGA